AGCUACAAAUCAACCAAUCAUCGUCCGUCAUUUUGUUUGCUUCACCAACGGCCUUUUAAAUCAGUUUGCUUGCGCUUGGUUUUAUAUUUUCUCGGAUUUUCCACAAUUUACACGUGAAUUAUGGCUACAAAAAAUCGCUUAGGAAGCGUAAAUGAGAAUGAGGCAGAUAAGGCCAACAGGAAGCUCUUGGUUAAGAAUGAAGCAGCUCCAAGACCGACCAGACGCGCUGCUCUUGGGGAAUUGAGCAAUAGAGUCCUUCGGUCAUCAUCAACCUCACUAAAAGAGGCUCAAGGGAAACUUCCGGACUUAAAGAAUGUAAAACCACGUGUGAAUACAUUCUGGAAGAAGGAAGAACUUCCAGGGAAAAUUCACAGGGCAAUUGUAAAGCCUUCCGAAGCAAAGAAACUACCCGGAAGUACGACUAAUUUGGCAAUUGUUAAACCCUUUGUGGCAAAAAAGGUGCCAAACUUGGAAAAACCAGCUCCCUUGGCACAACCUGAGACUGACUUCCAAACUGAACGCUCUGCAGUAGAGGGAUUUGCAACUGAUGCAUCUGAAUGCCAUUCAAAUAAUCUCCUGAGUGACGUGAUUGACAUCGAUGCCGGUGAUGAGGAUAGUCUCAUCCAUAUGACGGAAUAUGUGAAAGAUAUCUUCAGCUAUCUCGUAGAACUGGAAAAGAAGUUCCCAAUUGAGAAGGAAUAUAUGGCAAAACAUGAGGAUCUCACACCACGUAUGCGAAGUGUCCUUAUAGAUUGGAUUAAUGAGGUUCACUACCAAUUCCACCUUGUUCCGGAGACGUACCACAUGUGUGUGGCACUAAUUGAUCGAUACCUUCAGCAACGCAAGAAGCUUUCACGCAAACUCCUUCAGCUUGUUGGGAUUACUGCACUUCUUUUGGCCAGCAAAUAUGAAGAGGUCAUGCCUCCGUCAAUCUAUGACUUUGUCCACAUUGCCGACAAUUCCUACACAGACCGUGAAGUGCGGCAGAUGGAGAUGAGUAUGCUGCAGCGUAUGGAGUUCAAUCUCAGUCGUCCGCUGCCCAUUCACUUCCUGCGACGCUUCAGCAAAGCAGCCAAUGCUACGGAGAAUAUCCAUGGAGCAGCAAAGUACUUCCUCGAGCUCAUUUCCUUGGAGUACUCGAUGGUUCAUCUACGGCCAUCUCUCAUGGCAGCAGCCUCCAUCUAUCUGGCGCUUCGUCUUCUGCGUCCUACCGAAGAUGACAGCAGCGUGUGGACAAACACACUGGAAUACUAUACAAACUACACCGAAGGGGAAGUCCUCAAAGUUGCCAAGGAUGUUGCAUUGCUUGUGAUUGAGGCACCUGAUUCACGAUACAAGGCCGUCUUUUCAAAAUACAAACACAAGAAAUUGGGAGAAAUAUCUAUUUUGCCGGAAAUGAGCCAAGGCAUCAUCAAGACUAUCAUCAACAGCUAAAUUCAAAGCGCCUCACAAAAUUUUAGCGCAUUUUUUCUCUUUAACUUUUCAUUUAAUAUUUCACUCCCGUUUAAUAAAUGCUGACAAUUUAA